AUGCGUGGGGAAGUCUGCCACCUGCAUAUCGGGCAGGCUGGCACCCAGCUCGGCAAUGCUGCCUGGGAAUUGUAUCUUCUCGAGCACGGCCUGAAGGCUGAUGGUCGCCCUGACCCUGAAGCCAAUGUCGGUGAUCCCGGAUCAUUCGAGACCUUCUUCACGGAAACAAGCGGCAACAAGCAUGUCCCUCGUUCCAUCUUCGUCGACCUCGACCCCUCCCCAAUCGACGAAAUCCGAACUGGCAAAUACAGACAACUUUUCCAUCCUGAAUUGUUGAUCAGUGGCAAAGAAGACGCGGCGAACAACUAUGCCCGAGGUCAUUACACCGUCGGAAAGGAGCUGGUUGACGACGUUCUAGAUAAGAUCCGCCGCGUGGCAGUAACAGACAACUGCUCAUCAUUGCAGGGCUUUUUGAUUUUCCACUCUUUCGGUGGUGGUACUGGCUCUGGCUUUGGCGCUCUCCUCCUCGAGCGACUUUCCGUUGACUAUGGCAAGAAGUCCAAGUUGGAGUUUGCCGUCUACCCUGCUCCGCAGGUGUCGUCGUCUGUUGUCGAACCCUACAAUGCUGUCCUGUCGACGCACAGCACCAUCGAACACGCUGACUGUACAUUCCUGGUGGACAACGAAGCUGUCUACGACAUCUGUCGCCGGAACCUGGAUAUCCCUCGACCGGACUAUGAGCACUUGAACCGCCUGAUUGCCCAGGUCGUUUCCUCCGUCACAUCCUCUCUGCGCUUCGACGGGGCAUUGAAUGUCGACUUGAACGAAUUCCAGACGAACUUGGUCCCGUAUCCUCGUAUUCACUAUCCUUUGAUCAGCUAUGCCCCGGUUGUUUCUACAAAGCGCUCUUCCCAUGAAAGCUUCAAGACCCAAGACCUGACACUGCAAUGCUUCGAGCCUCAUAACCAGAUGGUCGUCUGUAAUCCCCACAAUGGCAAAUACAUGGCUGUCGCACUUCUCUACCGUGGUGACGUCGUCCCUCGCGACGCAAACGCCGCUAUUGCUUCUCUGAAAGCCAAAUCCAGCUUCCACUUGGUUGACUGGUGUCCUACUGGUUUCAAGGUUGGAAUCAACUAUCAACCACCUAUGCCUGUUCCAGGAGGAGAACUCGCCAAAGUCGACCGAUCCGUCAGCAUGCUCUCCAACACUACCGCAAUUGCCGAGGCUUGGAGCCGACUUGACCACAAGUUUGAUCUCAUGUACUCCAAACGCGCCUUUGUCCACUGGUAUGUUGGUGAGGGUAUGGAGGAGGGUGAAUUUUCCGAGGCCAGAGAAGACCUUGCUGCACUGGAAAAGGAUUAUGAGGAAGUUGCAAGCGACAGCCUGGAAAUCGAAGACGAUGGUGCUGAGUACUAA